AUGGCGCCCCGCUCGGUCGAGUCCAGCUGGAGCAACUCGUCGCUGCGGCAGACGCUGCCACGGUCGGCCUCGGCGGUGUCGCUGCCGGUGCAGCACGCAUCGUCGCUGCAUGCGCCAUCGCACGUCAUGGACCACAAGACCGAAGCGCAGUUUGCAUCCGAGAUGAAGCAUGCGCUCUCGAUUGUCGACAAGUUCUUUGGCCCGUCCGUGCUGCAAGACCACUCGAUCCCGCGCGAAUUGCUCAUGGAAGCGCAGGGCCUCGUCUUCCUCACCAUCUACAAGCUCGGUUUCCUCGUGUCGGGGAAGGGCGGCAAAGGCUUUGUGAUAGCGCGUACGGCGCACGGCUGGUCGGCGCCCGCGUUCAUUGGCAGCGGCGGCAUUGGCUUUGGCAUGAUGGUCGGCGGCGAGGUCGUCAACUACAUCAUCAUCUUGAGCUCGCGCGGCGCCGUCAAGACGUUUACGCGCAAUGGACAAGUCCAAUUGGGCUCCGAGCUCGACUUGGCGGUCGGGCCUCUUGGCCGCGCCGCGGCCGCCAACUUGAACGUCGGGCGUGGCGGCGUCGCUCCCAACUACUCGUACUCGCACUCGAUGGGGCUCUACGGCGGCAUUGGCCUUGCCGGCGCCAUCAUCGUCUCGCGCAAGUCGUUCAACGACAAGUGUUAUGGGUCUCAUGUUCGCGUCAAGUCGCUCUUGGCCGGCGAGGUUGCGUGCCCCCUUGCGCAGCCGCUCUGGGAAGCGCUCGAUAGCGUCCUCAACAUGACGCGGGAGUACCGGAAUGGCGUUCCGGUCGUGAACCCGCGCGGCGCCGUGUGCCACGAGUGCGGCUUUGCGAGCAAGACAGGCGCUCGCCAGUGCGAACGCGAAGCAUGCCAAGCCCUCCUGGUUUACUCGACCGGCCUGCACUCGGGCAAGCGCACGAUCGGGAAGCUCGUGCUGGCACCCGGCAUGCACUUCGAUCUUGAGCCGUCGUGGGAGUUUCCAUUUUCGACCGAGGCCGCGGACGGGGCCGGCGCGGACGACGGGAUGUUCAAGAACACGUUCCAGUCCGGGUUCCUCUCGAUUCUCUACAGCAUCGGGAGCAAGCCGCUGCAGAUUUGGGACAAGCAAGUCCGAAAUGGGCACAUCAAGCGCAUUACGGACCAGGACAUUCAAUCGUCCGUGCUCGAGAUCAUGGGCACAAACGUGAGCACGAACUACAUUGCGUGCCCGGCGCUGCCGGCCAAGACGCUCGGCAUCAAGCUGCCGUUCCUCGUCAUGAUCAUCAAGAACCUCAAAAAGUACUUUACGUUCGAGGUCCAGGUCCUCGACGACAAGAACGUGCGCCGACGCUUCCGCGCGUCCAACUACCAAAGUAGCACGCGCGUCAAGCCGUUCAUUUGCACGAUGCCUAUGCGCCUCGACGAAGGCUGGAACCAGAUCCAGUUCAACCUCUCGGACUUUACGCGCCGUGCGUAUGGUACGAAUUACAUCGAGACGCUCCGCGUCCAGAUCCACGCGAAUUGCCGCAUUCGCCGCAUCUACUUUUCGGACCGCUUGUACUCGGAGGAAGAGCUCCCGCCCGAGUUCAAGCUCUUCCUUCCCGUGCCCAAGGGCUCGGAGCCGCCGAAAACUGAUACCCUCGCCAUGUAAAGGACCUCCACCGACAAGGAACCAAAUCAUCCUCAACCGAGACGACACGAUAAAACCAAAGAAAUUCAUUCCAUGUGCUCUACACGACCUCGAAACCCAGUCGAUCCAAUCCGCCAC